UAAUUAAGCCCAUACACGGACCAGAUGUAGGAGCUAUUCCAAGAGCAGCUGUUGCUGCAACAGACACAACUCAGGGUGAAACUCUCUAAGAUAAUGAAUAGGGAGUUGGCACAGAAAUAUUUUCAGGAUUUACGGAAAUACUACCACCACUCCCAACUGCAUUCUGCUGUGACUGAUAUGGUUCUUUUAACAAGGGACCUAGUGGAACGAGUAUCAAUGUUAGCAUCAGACACGGUAGUUGACCUACAGACAUUCAUGGGAGGUUACACCAAAAAUACUCAUGCUGACCUAGAAGCUCGAUAUCAUUUAGCUGAUCUCUCCGAUGCCAGCAUCCAGCAGCAUCUUGAUCAUGCAUGCGAGAAUUUGAAGAAAGAAAUUCGGAAAGAGAUGAAAAUUAAAGAAGGUGCUGAACGCCUUAGGGAGGUGAGCACAGACAAGAAAAGCUUAUCCAACAUCAACAGCCUUGUAAAGCGAGCUAAUAACAAAUUAACAGAACUCCGCGAGGAACUUCAAGAUCUGAAUGCCUAUCGCAUUAGCAAGAAUGACUCAGGAACGGAUUGUCUGAUGUCACCAGAAAAAGAUGGGCAGGAACAAUCCCCCACAGACCAACGCCUUGCCUCUUUGGACAAGCAGCUAAGCAUCGAGUUGAAAGUGAAACAAGGUGCUGAAAAUAUGAUUACUAUGUAUAGUACUGGUUCAUCACGAGACAAGAAGCUACUGGCUGAAGCACAGCAGAUGUUGUCCGACGCCAAAUUUAAAAUUGAAAUUAUUCGCAUGCAAACAUUGAAAGCGGCACAAGAUGCAACUUCACAAUCAGCUGGUCAGCAAACAGAAGUGCAUUCUCCAUUAGAACUCAGAAUUGAAGAGUUGCGACACCACAACAAGAUAGAAUCUGCUGUGAUGGAGGGUGCCAAGAAUGUCAUCAAACUGCUGCAAAAUUCCAAAACUCCAGACAAAAAAGCUCUACAAGAGGCUCAGCACAGCUUAGCAGAAUCCAACCAAAAGCUGGAGCUGCUGGAAAUAUCCCUGAAUCGGCGCCUUGAGGAGAUGGAACCAAAUUCAGCGCGUGCCCAACUGUUAAAAGCCGAGCUUCAAGCAUGCAGCCCCCAAUCAGGAAACAAGGACAAACGAGUCAUACAGUUUAACAGUAAUUUCUCCAAAGCAGCAGCAUUGACUGGGACCCUGGAAGUCAGACUGGUUGGAUGUCAAGACCUUCUGGAAGAUAUUCCUGGACGUACGAGAAGAGAUUCUUUACAGCUUAUGUUUUCCAGCCCAGGUGAGAGUCGUAGUCUCUUACGUGGUGGCAAGACAGGCAAAAGCAAUAGUAAAACGUAUAGUAUAAAAGAUGAAAAUUUGUCAAGUUCCACUGCAUCGAUUGAAAUUGAUGGAGCCGAACAGAUCAGCCUAUUGUUUAAACAGUUGUUAGGAGAGGAUAUAAAAGGUGGUGCACCCACAGAGUGUUGUGUUGACAAUGCUUUUAAGUUAGCUUAUCAGGGAUGUCAAAAUCAACACCAUGAAGAUGAUGUUAUGGCUGUGAUGAAACUAGAUAACCAGCAUGUUGGACAGACCCCCUGGAAACCCUGUAGCCAACAGUGUUGGGAUUAUAGAACAAGUAUCAACUUAGAUAGGUCUCGAGAACUGGAAAUUGCCAUUCACUGGCGAGACUGGCGUCAAAUGUGUGCUAUAAAAUUUUUAAGACUUGAAGAUUUCCUUGAUAAUCAAAGACACGGCAUGGCAAUACAUUUAGAACCGCAAGGAAUUUUAUUUGCUGAAAUAACAUUUUUGAAUCCAACUAUUCCCAGAAGGCCAAAAUUGCAAAGACAGCGUCGUAUUUUCCCUAAACAUAAAGGAAAAACUUUCUUACGACCUGGUCAAAUGAACAUCAAUGUUGCAACUUGGGGUCGACUUAUGAAACGUGCUUUCCCAUCUUUACCUCCAAACUGUGGUGAAGGUGGUGUGUACAGCCCACCUACUGCUAAACCAGGAGGCAUUCUUGCUCAAGAUCGUGGUCCUCCAAUUCAUCAGUUGGAGUUUUCACCAUUGCCAUCAUCACAAGAAAAAGAACCAGAGACAACACCUGCUCCCACGGAAGUUGUCACCACCCCACAGAAACCAGUUUCACCAAUAAAAGAGAUUGAGGCUGUGUUAUCUUCAUUUAACUUCCUUCCUGAUGAUUUAAUCUCUGACAACUCAGUCAUUGAUUUGGAAGAUACAGAAGUCCCGACCCUUAACAGAAAAACUCCACCCUUCUUAGAUAGCCCAGUAAAGGAAAAAACACCAGUUUCUUCACCGACAUCACCAGAUUACAACCAUCAAGAAGUUAAAAUGUCACAGUUUAGGCCGAUAAGUGUACUUGGACGAGGCCACUUUGGUAAAGUCAUUCUAGCAGAAUAUAAAACCUCUGGUGACUAUUACGCACUGAAAGCGCUGAAGAAAACCGACAUUAUCCAGAGAGAUGAGGUGGAGAGUUUAAUGUCAGAGAGAAGAAUAUUCGAAGUUAUCAAUUCCACAAAACAUCCUUUCUUAGUGAACCUCUUUGCUUGUUUCCAAACAAAGCAACAUGUGAUAUUUGUAAUGGAGUAUGCAUGCGGUGGCGACUUGAUGAUGCACAUCCAUAGCGACGUUUUCAGUGAACCAAGGACAGUUUUCUAUGCAGCAUGCGUGGUACUUGGUCUACAAUAUUUACAUGAACACAAUAUUGUAUACAGGGAUCUGAAAUUAGACAACUUGCUUUUAGAUUAUGAGGGCUACUUAAAGAUUGCUGAUUUUGGUCUGUGCAAAGAAGGUAUGGGCUUUGGCGAUCGCACAACCACUUUCUGUGGAACUCCAGAAUUCUUGGCGCCCGAAGUGUUGACUGAAACCUCUUACACACGUAGCGUCGACUGGUGGGGCCUUGGUGUGUUGAUAUACGAAAUGCUGGUCGGAGAGUCUCCAUUCCCUGGGGAUGAUGAAGAAGAAGUGUUUGACAGUAUUGUCAAUGAAGAGGUCCGCUACCCCAAAUUCUUGUCCACAGAAUCCAUAGCAAUUAUGAGGAGGUUACUGCGAAGAAAUCCAGACAAACGUCUCGGCUCGAGUGAAAGAGAUGCUGAAGACGUUAAGAAACAAGCCUUCUUUAGGAAUAUUGAUUGGGAUGCAUUACUCAUGAAGAGAACAAGACCUCCGUUUACACCUACAGUGAAACAUCCUGAAGACGUGAGCAACUUUGAUGAGGAGUUCACUUCAGAGAAGGCUAUACUGACGCCGUCUAAGGACAGCCGACCGCUCUCAGCUGAAGACCAAAUACACUUCCAAGACUUCUCCUUUGUAGCGAACUGGUGCUGACGAUGACCACCACCACCACCACCACCCCCAGCAUCUUCAGAUGUACUCUCCCCUACAUAAAAUUAAUUACAACCAGAAUAAGGGGAAAAAAAAGAUAAUAAAGCAGUUGUUACCAAAAAAAAAAAGAAUUAAAAUAAAAUAUACAAAUCCAACAUAAACAAAGGAAAGAAUUCUCUGACCGUUACGCAACUGGCUGUGAGCAAGUGUUUUUUGUCCCCUCCCCCCACCUGCACACAGCCUGGGCCCCUAUCAAGACUUGUCUUCUCAACAUAAGAAUUUUAAGCUUCUCAAUUUUUCUAGGGACAACCUAAAUUUGGUUAUGUCUAUUUUUUUUUCUUUUUACAGUUGCAUAUGUCUUGUCUGUGUGUGCAUGUAUGCCUCUGUUUUUAAGUGUAAUACAGUGUGUAUGUGUGUGUGUGUGUGUGUGUGUGUAUAUUUGUAUAAUGUAAUAUCUAUUCAGAGUCAGAGAGGAGUGGGGGUUAAAUUAUCCAAUACAUACAUAUUGAAAACUAAAAUCCCUUUUCUGUCUUGCAUUUAUUUUUUUUUUAUUUUAUUUUUUUUUAUUUUUUUUUUUUGGCAGAAAGAUGCAAAAAAAAAUUUUUUAAAUUAACUAUGGACUCAUUUUUUGUGCUGAUUUUAAAAUUACUGAAAAAGAAGAAAAAAAAAUAUUAAUAAUUUUGAAAAUAAAAAUAAAUAAAAUAAGGGGUGGGGUGCAGGGAUAUAUAUAUAAAAAAAA